AUGCGCGCGUGGUUACAUAGACGGGCAGCCUACGAGGACGUCCUCAUGCGUCGAUUCGAGCCCAGCAAGCACAAGUGUCAAUGCGGCGCAGCUACUGCUUCAUACCUCUGCGAGACCUGCUUGGGGCGUAAGAGGCAAUGCAGAGGCUGCAUCCUUCGCGAGCACGCGUCUAUGCCCUUCCAUCACAUCCGAAAGCAUGACGGUCGCUCUUCAACGGCUACCGACCUUGGCGCGUUAGGCCAAGUUAUCUGGCUGGGCCAUGGAGGAGAGCCGUGCCCGGCCACCCUCGCGCACGUCCGGCUUCCUAUGGACGAGCGUUGGUGUGAUGAGGGGGAAGAGGAGGAGGACGGCGAUCUCAGUGACCUCCUCAGGGACUGUGACCUGCGACAGGGACAUCGUUUAAUUAUCGGUGAUGUUGAGGGUAUCUGGUGUCGUACGGUAUACUGGUGUACGUGCCCCACCGCGGAGGAUAAGGAUAUCCAGCUGCUGCACACCGGAUUGUACCCGGGUACCGAGGAUGAGCCAGCCACUGCGUUCACGUUGACGAUGCUGGAUGACUUCCUCCUAUCGCAGUGCGAGGGUCGGAUGUCUGCCCAAGGAUAUGUCCAGAAGUUGCGGAGGAUGGCCAACCCAGCGUUCCCUUAUCGAGUUUCGGAUGUCUAUAGACCAUUCCUGCGCGCCAUGCGUCAGUAUACGAACAUGAUCACGAGAGCUAAAGCAGGUGUCGCUCACAAGAUUCGGAGAGAUCAAGUCCACAUAGCUAGACCGCCGGGAGAUCUGGCUUGGCGCUGCCCAGCAUGCCCCCAGCCGGGAUAUAACUUGCCUCCAGAAGACCAGAGAGACGCAGACCAUCCAGAGCUUUACAUGCCCAUGUUCACGCACGACGGUUGCUUCAAGUUGAACAACCAGCGUACCCGCAAUCCCGACGCUGACGUGCGCCUCAGCGAUGGCGAGUGCAUGCUCGUCGGGAGCAGGCAAUACCAGACGCACCUCAAAGUGACCAAGGAGCCCGCCAAUAGGAAAUCCUGUCAGAAUCACCGGGCGGUUGCCAGCAGUCGAUCGAGAGAUCGCAACUUAGCUGCCAGUGGAGUGGGCACAUACGCCUGUGCCCGUCAUGGUCUGUUCAUCCCGCACACCACCGUUGAUUACCAGAAAGGCGAAGCGCAAAUGAACACAGACUACUCAACCUCAUGCCUCAUAGAAGGGUUGUCUGCAGAAACGCACAAGAUCCUCAUCGCCUACGACAUCAUGUGUGAGUAUAUCGUCAACCUCAAGACGCGCCUAACCGAAGGACCCUACCUUACCAACCGUGCGAUCGACAUUGAGGCCGCUGUGGGCAAGUUCCAUCUCGGCGCACACAUCCGAGAGUGCUUCGCCAAAUUCUCCCCCAACUUCAUCAAGGGAGCCGGCCAGCUGGACGGCGAGAUCCUGGAAACGCUCUGGGCAACCCUAGAGAAGCUGGCCUCCAAUACAAGGAGCAUGUCACCCGCUCAUAGGCAGGAAGUUCUUGAUCUGCUCAUGAACGACAUGAACUGGAAGAAGAUCAUUCAACUAGCCGACGUCCUUAAGAAGAAGGCGAUGAAGGCCUCCGUCGAGUGCAAGCACGCCCGCGCCGCGUAUGAGGAGCUCAAGGACACACUAUCCGAUCAGCAGACAGCUCGGUGGCUACAAGAGGAGCGUGAGUCCUUGGAGGAGGGCCGAGAGGGAAAGAGCGUGUAUGACAUACGAGAGGAACAAGUCCCCGGUGUUGCGGAGCGCGCCCUCGCAGUAGCGAGGCGGUAUGAGGAUGAUGAUGUGGAGGAGCCUAUCGGGUUAGAGUUGCUGAGGGAGGCCAUGAGGAUUGAGAGUGUGCAGGACAACCUACUUCCUCUGGCUAAGCAGCAAAACAGGACGGCCUCGCAAGAGCGUCAGCUGCUGCUCAGACGGGGCAAGCUACACAAAAGGAUUUGCAAAUUCGAAACACGGAUCGCGAAGGUUCUCGAUGCUGCCCCCGUGGAGGGCGAGGUUGACUUGGGAGACGAAGAAGUGGAGGAAUGGCUUGGAGAUGAAGGGGAAGCAGAGAGCGAAGGGGAGGUGGAUGAGAGGGAGGGAGAGGGAGAGGAUGAGGAUGAGGACCCCGACGCGCCUGACGUCGGGCUGCCAGAGCGCGAGCGGCUCACUCUGCCCUCGACCACUGGGCACAUCACCGGGGAAUUGGCCGACUUGGAGAGGGACCUUCGGGACGGCCAACGAGCGGAUGCCCUGCGAGGCGUUAGGCUAGGCCUCGCAGAGAGAGCCCGCUUGUAUCGCACCUCCGUGCGUCGCGGCCGAGGGAGUCACAAGACGACUACAAGGGCUUUUGCAGCGUUACGUAAGUCAGGCGCACGCAUCGCCCGCCACGUGCGGAUGUACCACCGCGCCCGCGACGCCCUAAUCGCCCUCGGCAAGGACGAAUCGCAGCUACCGAAGAUAGAUAGUCAAGACCUCCGCAUCAACAAGGACUGGACAGAGGAGAACAGGACAGGCCAACGCUCCCAUACCUUACCCUGGUUCUGGCGGGUCGGCAACAGUGCGGCCGCGGAAGAUGGGACAGAAGCCGCUGGUGUCCAUGAUCUAUACAGAGUGAGCUUCCUGCGAGCCAAGUGCCGACUGGAGCGAUGGGAAGAAGAGGAGCGUCUGGUAAGCCACGAGAUGCUGUGGACUCGGCUAGCCUUCGAAAAGCAGCAGGGUACAUGGCAAGCGGCAGGGGACGCUGCGAGGCCGUCCACAGAAGGUGCGGGAUGGGCUGCGUAUGCCUAUAACCAAGCGGACAUGUGGGGCUCGUUGGCGACUGAAUGCGUGACAAAGUUUCAGGACUACGCGGGAACCCUUCCAGGGUGGGAGCCGAGCAGUAGCUUGGCUGGAACCGGCGAGCGCACACGCGGUGGACGACCUGAGGUGGAGCCGCCGCCGAACCGCGUUGGCUGCAUCUCAUAUGGCGGUGCAGGCCCAGCAAAAAAGCAGCGUCUCACAUGCAGCCGGCGACUCCGCAUGACGUCGACUCUCUUAACACCAGCACCUGCACUUGACACGGCGCCGGCGGCCCAGCCUGUCAAACCAGGUGGGGUGGCAGCCGCCGGCCGGCCGCCUAUGUACGUCUGGGACGCCUCGGCGUCCGGCUUCUCUCAGUACGGUACCCAAGGCCUUAUGGUCGAGGGUAUGUACGGAGCGAACCCGAUUGCCACGGCGCUCGGGGAAGGUGCGAGUGCGAUCUUCGAUCGCGCGAACACCCUCGGACGCCAGUCGUACGGGGACGGCGAGUUCGAUCUAGGCGUGGUCGUCCAUAGCCUGGCGCAGGUCACGGCGGUCCUGAACGCGUCCGCCUUGAACCUUGGCGCGCUGUGCGCUGCACACACCGCGAUGGACGGCACGCGCCGCACUCUUUCGAAGGUGUACCGCCGCGCGACGGCGCGCGAGGUCUUCAGCAAGUUCGACGCGUCGGACGACGAAGGCGUGCCGGGCUCGCGUCGCACGAGCCGUUCUACAGGCUCGGAGACGGUGCAGAAGGUCGACGAUGAGGCGCGCGCGAAGCGCGAUGCUUCUCCGGCGACCGCUGCACGCGCCGAGGCGGCGUUGACGAACGCUCUGGCCGCUGACUCGGAGGCCGAGCUGGACGACGCCAUUUCCGAGGCUGGCAAGGCCAAGGCUCCUCAGGUCACCGAGGGAGCCAGCAACGCUGCCGAGGCGAUGGAGGUCGACAACGUCGCCCCCAAGAAGAAGGAGGCGUCGCGCUCGUCCAGCCGCGCUGCGAAGAAGUCCGGCAAGCCCACCACGCGCUCGAGCGCGAAGGAGACGGAGGAGGAGACCCCCGCCAUCGCUACACUGCCCGCUGCGUAG